UCUCUUUGCAACAGCAGGUUUGAAUAAAGCUUAACCGACAAUAGUCUCGACCUGGAGCCAAACAAGUCUUUGGCUCUUGCCUUGUUCAGCUGAGUCUGAGAAGAAGAAGCCAAACUUUCUCAGAUUUUCCAUCCUCGUGAUUCUUUCCCCGAGAGUAAUCACAAUCGGCUCCGGAAGAGGAGGAGAUUGUUCAGUCGUUGUCUUGCCAUGGCCAUGUAUAUUCGUGUGAAGCGCAUGAAAGCUACUUACUUUAUCCAAUGCGAUCGCGCAGCGACUGUUUUGGAUUUUAAGCAGAAACUCUUUACCCUCAUCGAGCAACCAGUCAGCAAUCAGCGUCUCAUCUUAAUGUCUACAGAAGAAGUAUUAGAGGAUUCCAAAUCUCUAGCAGAGCAGAAGGUUGAGAAUGAUGCAGUCGUGGCUCUGACUUUGAGGAAAGAUGAUGACGAGUUUGAGCAUGUUGACAUUGCACAGCCCACCGACCUUUCUGUUGCAUGAAGAAUUAUAACUGGGGCUGGCUGUAUCAGGAGAACCUUUGCUUCAACAGGAGAGAGUAUUGAUGUUAACCCUGUAACUAGAAUCACUAUCUCGAAGAUCAGGGAGAGUACUUGGUUUAGAAGAGGUUUACACAUGAAACAGAGAAAAAUGGAGAAACGAGUCAAAGAGACCGAAGCUACUAUUGCAGGUCCAAAGUUAGGGAAACCAUACAGACCAGCCUAUAAACAUAAACGCGUUUGAUGUAAUUGCCUCGUCUGCUGGGUUGGGUUUGAUCUAACAGGACUCUUUGGAGAUGAUGCGUAUGACAAGAGAGAAUCUAGAUUCACGUCUCAGAAACCUGCUUCGGUGAUUAUAUCUAAGCUUGAGGAGGUGGCGGGGAGCGAUUGAAACUGAGCAUAAGAAUUGUAGUUUUGAAUUUUUGCUAACUCUGAUGUUAAAACGUAUAUUGAGUAUCUUACAUUUUCGUGCGUGAAAAAGAAACAGGGAAAAUCCUGCAUGUAAUAAAAAAAAGUCGUUUCCAGAGGUUACCAAGUUUUGUCCAAAAACACCAGAGAACUAGAAAAUUAGAUGGUGAAGACGAGAUCUGUUCGAAUCAGCAAGUGAAUCCAGCUAGAAACAGAGAAAAGGACUCGACUUUAUUAAAGAUUAGAUGGUGAAGACGAGAUCUGUAAUAUAUAGUACAGAUUAUACAAUAUGCGAUUUUGGUGUUGUCAAUUGGAAAAGUUAAGACAGUUACAGAAAAUGAAGAGAGAAAGAGAGAGAGAGUAAGAAAAGUCAGGAAGAGGUGUCGGAAUUGGAAGAGAGAUGGUUCCAGAGAUAGCGGCCACUAGCCAUGUCAACGCAUGUCCAAAAUCCAGACUUGAUUGCCAUUCCCACCUGAGAGAGAGAGAGAGAGAGAGAGAGAGAGAGAGAGAGC